AUGAGUUCCUCCGUUCGUUCCGUUGUUUCGCAACCUCCACACCCUCACUUGGAGUUGCUCGAUCAUGAGGUUGAAACGACAAGCAAUAUCAAGUCUGUUCCAAUCUUCACGCAUAACAUUGAGGGAAAGCUCCCCAAGACGGAUCGCCCAGAUCAGUACGGACUUCUUGGUUCCAACACUUUAGGAUUAGGGACAUCUCCUCGAUCGGCUAGUAAUGCUGAACAACUGAAAUCUCGGUUGUUCUACAACGUGGCCGCUCCUACCAGCACAUUCAUCUGCGGCAGUCAAGGAUCAGGCAAAAGUCACACACUCGGUACUAUUCUGGAGAACUGCCUAAUUCCAUCGAAGGCAAAUCAUCUUCUCCAUCCCUUGGCAGGCCUUGUUUUUCACUAUGAUACAUUUGUCUCGGAUACAGGCGGAACACCAUGCGAAGCGGCCUCGGUUCAGGGCGGAGGCAUGCCGCUGUAUCUUCACAUCGUUAGUCGCAUACUGCGUGAUAUGCGUAUCGCGCAGCAACAGAGCAACUUGCCUUUUGAUUACAAAGCUUUUAAGACGGCUCUUAGUACAGAGACCUUAACAGCAGGGCAGCUACUGCCAUUGCAACAACGCCUAGAGACAUUGGAAAGCUUCAUGAUCACAGAGCAAAUCAUUGCGAAUGGUUCCGCUUCCAGAUCGAAAGGGAAAUCGAGAGAAAAGGAAAGUACCUCUUCUCAAGGUUCAAAAUGGGACUUGCUUGCCGGGGAACUCACGAUUGUUGAUCUCUCCUGUCCUUGUGUCACGGCUGAGACAGCAUGUUCGCUCUUUAAUAUUUGUCUCAGUCUGUUUCUGGAACGAGAACCUACCAUUGGACGCGUCGUUGCUUUGGACGAAGCUCACAAGUACAUGAAUGACAGCUCCGAUAGCCAGACACUCACAGAAUCCCUUCUCUCGAUUAUCCGUCUACAGCGCCAUUUGGGCACCAGAGUUAUUCUCUCUACUCAGGAACCUACUGUGUCGCCCAAGCUCCUCGACUUGUGCUCCACUGUCAUCGUACAUCGCUUCACGUCACCAGCAUGGUUCGCCACUCUUAGGCGACAUUUGGCAGGUGCUUAUUUAGUUUCUGAAGCUGAUUCGAAAAUCUGCAAUCGAGAAAUGGUAAAUAGCACAAACGCCGAGAAAGAUAAUGAUGUGCUAGGCUCCUUCCCACGCCUCAAUGUCAAGGAUGAAGAUCUUUUCUCCCAUAUCGUCAGUCUGGAAACUGGUGAAGCACUCCUGUUCUGUCCGAGCGCACUGAUCGACAUUAGGGCUGCUCGAGCAUGCAAUUCUAAAUCAUCCUUGAUGCAACUUGGUAGCAGCGCAAUGAAAGUACGUAUAAGAAAGAGGAUUACCGCAGACGGUGGCCAGAGUGUCAUGGCGAACUAG